UCCGGUGCCGGAUCCAAGAUGGCGGCGCCCAGGGUGCUGCUGGCGGCGGCCCGGCGGGCGGCGGCGGCGGCGGCGGCGACCGGAGGGGGGCGUGGCCGUCGCGCGGCGGGGGGCGUGGCCGCGCCGCCGGGGGGGCGGAGCCGGCUGUACGAGCACGCGCGCGAGGGGCUGAGCGCGCGGCCGCGCCUGGACGUGGAGGCGCUGAGCGGGCACGAGCUGGAGAGGAGGCGGGGCCCGCUGCGGGAGGGAGACCUGAGAGACAUCCUGCAGACCUGGGCCCGCCUCCGCGAGGUGCGCGCCGCCAUCGCCCGCCUCGAGGCCCAGAGGGACGAGGUGGCCCGGGGCGUGCGGGAGCUGGUGGCCUCCCACGCCAAGGACGCGCUGCAGACGGUCCCCGAAUACGCGGCGCUGCGGGCGCGGGGCCGCCAGGUCCGGCUGCAGCUGCAGACGCUGCUGGCGGAGGAGGCGGCGCUGGACGAACGCUUCUACCUCAAGGCGCUGCAGCUCCCCAACCGCACCCACCCCGAGGCGCCCGUCGGCGACGAGAGCCAAGCGCGGGUGAUGGAGGUGGUGGGAGAGAAGCCAGUUUUCGACUUCCAGCCGCGGGGACACCUGGAGCUGGGCGAGGCGCUGGACAUCAUCCGGCAGCGGCGCCUGUCCCACGUCUCGGGGCACCGCUCCUACUACCUGUGCGGGGCGGGCGCGCUGCUGCAGCACGCGCUGGUGAGCUUCGUCCUGGCCAAGCUGCUGCCCAAGGGCUUCCUGCCCAUGACAGUCCCUGACCUGCUGCGAGGCGCCGUCUUCGAGGGGUGCGGGAUGCAGCUCAACGCCUCCCCCUCGCCCGUUUACGCCAUCGACCCCGCACGCUUCGAGGACCUCUGCCUGGCCGGCACCUCUGAGGUGGGGAUCGCAGGGUACUUCAUGGACCACGCGGUGCGGCUGCAGGACAUGCCCAUAAGGGUCGUCUGCUCCAGCACGUGCUACCGCGCUGAGACCGACACGGGCCGGGAGCCCUGGGGGCUCUACCGCGUGCAUCAGUUCACCAAGGUGGAGAUGUUUGGGGUGACGGCGGCCGAGAGCGGGACAGAGAGCGAGGAGCUGCUGGCUGAGUUCGUGGCGCUGCAGAAGGAAAUCUUCUCCGAGCUGGGGCUGCAUUACCGUGUCCUGGACAUGCCCACGCAGGAGCUGGGGCUCCCCGCAUACCGCAAAUUCGACAUCGAAGCCUGGAUGCCCGGCCGGGGCAAGUACGGGGAGAUCUCCAGCGCCUCCAACUGCACCGACUACCAAAGCCGGCGGCUCAACAUCAUGUACAGUGACGGGGCCGGGCGGCUGCACCAUGCGCACACAGUGAAUGGCACCGCCUGCGCCGUGGCACGGAUGCUCAUCGCCCUCCUGGAGUGCAACCAGCAGCCGGACGGCAGCAUUCGUGUGCCCCCCGCCCUGCAGCCCUUCGUGGGCCGCGCCGUGCUCACGCGGCCCCCGGCCCCGCUGCUGCGCUACAUCGGCCCCAAUCAGCCCGGGGGGGGGCCCCGGGGGGGGGACGCGGAGGAGCCCCCCUCCUCCCCAGGGCGUUAACGAAUCCCUCAAUUAAACAUUUUGUUCCCUCCCCAAGCAA